AUACAACACACAACACAACGUGAAUGUUAAAUAAAAAUACAUGAUUUGAUUUUAUAAAUUUAUUAAUGUAUUUUCCAUGACAUUAUUUUGGUACUGGCUGACAGCCCUGAAUGUAAAUGUCAAAAAAACAACAUAACCCUAUAAAAAUUGCAUAAAAAAAAGUAAUAAAGUAAAUAAAUAGUCAAAUUUCAUUAUUAUUUCAAUAUGACUAAGCUAAUAAAUAAGGAAGCUGCUCGAAUUAACCCGUGUCUAAAGGAACAAGAAAUGUCCUACGAAUGCCUAAAUAAAAAUGGAUUUGAUCACGCUAAAUGUGAAAACUAUUUCGAUAACUACAACACUUGUAAGAAGUUUUGGGGCAAAGUGUAUAGCGACAGAAGAGCAAAAGGAAUUCGGCCAUAUCUACCUGAUAUUGAAGAGAGAGAGAAAAUAAAAGCUGAUUAUAUUAAGGCAGUGAGAGGCGAAUGAUAUUUAAAAAAAAAAAAUAAGUUAGGUGACUGUUUAGUAUACAGACUACACUAUAGGGUAAUUUUGCUAUUUUUUACUAAAUAAAACCACAUACCUAUCUAAUUGCAAGUAAGUAUCUUUACAGUAAGUUAUUUAAACCAUAGAUGUAAAAUAAAAAAGUGUAAAUUUCAAACAAAAUAGAUAUUAAUAAAAAGUAAUUGUAAUUGUACGCGCCCACUGCCACCACUACUUCUCUAAGAGAAUUUCUCACAGCGACAUCAUACUUUCUUUCGAUUCUUGGUGAAAAUAUUCAUAAUGGAUGAUUUUUGGCACAAUGUCAGCAAAGGGGAAGAUGAGUAUGUGGUUUUAUUUAGUAAUGCAAUGUCAAAAUGACGCUCUAUAUAUCAUAUUUAGGGAUGGAAAGCGCAUGAAUAAAUAGCACUAAUAUCUUUUUGUAUAAACGGUUUCGGUUUUGUAAUAUUUCAACAUUUGGAUUAAGAUAUAAGGAAUUAAAAUACAAAGUGUCAAAGUAACAUAUAAAUAUCUAUCCAUCUUUUCAUUACCUCUUGUACUUGACAUAGUUCAUAGAUUCUAUAUUUUUAAUAAUUAUUAAUACACUAAAGGCAUUAUUUAAAUUGUUUCUUGUUUCAAUUUAAUUCUUUGCAUCUGUAAAUAUUGUAUCGAUUCUACAAUUAUUGUAAUUCAGACAAUAUCUGUGAUUUUACCAUUGAAAUAAUUUUGAAACUGCCUUGGCAAGAUUUAUAUUUUUGAACAAUUUUUGGGCACUUCUGACUACCUCCUUGGGGGUUAAAUUAAAACAUAAACUUAUGCUAACAAGCAGGACUGUCUUAUAAGGGCCCCUGGACUAUGUACACCUAAGAUUGAAAGCCCUUUUUAUUGGUGUACUUAGCAAAGUGGAUACACAGUUAUCAAUACCCCCUUACUAAAUGGGGAUCAUGGGUACACACCCCUCUGCUCUUAAGGUAAAGACGGCCGUAGUUAGUAAGACCUCUACAAUUUUCAACACAUUGUGAUAUUCUUGUUUUAGUUAAAUAUAUUAAGUAUGCUGAUCUUCUGCUACUUUGCAUUUAAGGAAAGUAGGACCCUGUAAAUCUGUAUUGAAGUACAUUUAUAAAAAUAAUCAUAUUGAUUUCUGUCUAUUCAGUUUCAGAAAAAGCUAAUAAAUUUAGUUAUCUCUAAAUCAAUUGUAAUGUAACUUUUACCUUUAGGUCACCAUAUUGACAUGAAUAAAUGAGCAUUUCAAAGUAACAGCACUAAAUUUUAAUAAAUUAUGUUGUUAAUUAAAA